AUGCCUCCUAAGAAGUUUGUUUCCCUUGACGACUUCAUGGGCGAAGAAAAGCCCAAGAAGAACCAAGUGCCUUCGCCAUUCGGUGGGUUCUACACUAAGCAAGCUGCCAGCAAUGCAGCCCCGGUCGGUGGCCAGCAGCAGCACAAAAAGACCCUAAACCAACAGUCCUCGUACCAGGCCCAACGUAACUGGAACGACGGCAGCCAGUACCAAAGCUACCAGAAUCACCAAGCUCCUCAAAACUACCAAAAUUAUCAGAGUAACCAGAAUUAUCAGAAUUACCAAUCACCCGCGUAUUCGCAAACAUCGACGCCAGCAACAAGCAACACUCCAACUCCCACAACGUCGACCACAUCUCUAACGUCAUUGACCACGUCGUUGGCUAACUUGGGUGUCACUCCAAUCUCAGGGAUCCUUUCGAGCCUCCCACAAUGCGCGUCGCUGGCAGACUGCAAACAACAAAUUCAGCUGGCCGUAGCAGAAUUCAAUAAAGAAGGCCACUCCGCCGAAGACAUCAAGAACUGGGACGUUCCUAGCAUCAUCAGUAAGCUUAUGAAACCCAAGAAUGCUUCGCUGGUCCAAGAGUCGGGCAUGGUCUUGAUCUCUCAGUUGGCCAGUAACUACGCAGGCAAAUCGCCACAAGAGGUGUUCCUACUGCCUUUGUUGCCUUCUGCUUUGGACGCCAUCAUCAGUAAAGAAAGCUCUGUAAGACGCUCCGCCCAGCACGCAAUUGAUUCGGUAUUUGGCCUUUUCCCAAUUGAGGCGCAAACAUGCGUUGUGCUGCCCAAGCUUCUAGAGUAUUUGAGCUCCGGUGUCAAGUGGCAAUGCAAAUGUGCAGCGUUGAAGUUGGUUGACCGUAUCAGAGAAGAGUCCCCCAAUGAUUUGCUCGAGCUUACUUUCAAAGACGCGGUUCCCGUACUCACCGAUGUUGCGACUGAUUUCAAGCCUGAACUAGCAAAGCAAGGUCACAAAACCCUGUUGGACUUUGUUUCCAUUUUGGACAAUUUGGAUCUUUCCCCCCGUUUCGAACUGAUCGUGGACACUUUGCAGGACCCAGCCAAGGUUCCAAGUUCAGUAAAGUCCUUGUCUAGUGUUACUUUCGUUGCUGAGGUCACAGAGCCGGCCUUGAGUAUAUUGGUACCAAUCCUUAACAGAUCGCUAAACCUUUCUUCAUCUUCGCAAGAACAGCUCAGACAAACUGUUAUCGUUGUUGAAAAUUUGACUAGGCUGGUGAAUAACAGAUCCGAGAUCCAACAUUUCAUCCCUCAACUAAUGCCUGGCGUCCAAAAAGUUCUAAACACUGCCUCCUUACCAGAAGUACGUGAACUAGCAGAAAAAGCACUUCAAGUUUUGAAGGACGAUUCACAAGACGAUGGCAAGUUCGCUGGCAAAAUUUCAUUUGAAGAAGGCUCCACCUUUUUCAAGGAAAGGCUUCACUAUCUCACCGAAGGCAAGUUAAGCGAGGAUGCGGUCUCCUACGUUUCUAAGAUUCUUACUGUUGAUGCAAAUGUUAACGACUGGAAGAGGCUAAGAGAAUACCUUGUGCUAGUUUUUGGUGAAGAAAAAGCUGAAAAUGUUGACACCCACUUCAUUCAUGAACUAAGACUUCUUUUCCAUCAAGAAAAAGCGCAAUACGAUGAUGACGGAAUUGAAAUUGUUAACGCUGAUUUCUCUCUUGCUUACGGUUCCAGAAUGCUGUUAAACAAGACCACUCUUCGUUUGUUGAAAGGUCACCGUUACGGUUUGUGCGGUAGAAAUGGUGCUGGUAAAUCAACAUUGAUGAGAUCGAUUGACAAUGGCCAAUUGGAAGGCUUUCCUGAUAAGAACACAUUAAGAACGUGUUUUGUGGAACACAAGCUGCAAGGAGAAGAGGGUGAACUCGAUUUGGCUUCUUUCAUAGCUUUGGAUCCUAUCUUGAAGGACGUUUCUCGUGAAGAGAUCUCUAAAGCCUUGGAAACUGUGGGAUUUGAUGAAGAAAGAAGAGCACAGACUGUUGGUUCUUUGUCAGGUGGUUGGAAGAUGAAGUUGGAAUUGGCGAGAGCCAUGUUGCAGAGAGCCGAUGUUCUCUUGUUGGACGAACCAACUAACCACUUGGAUGUGGCAAAUGUCAAAUGGCUACAAGACUACCUAUUAGAACAUACUGAGAUUACAUCUUUGAUUGUUUCGCACGACACCGGUUUCUUGGACGCGGUUUGUACUGACAUUAUUCACUACGAAAACAAGAAGCUUGCUUACUACAAGGGUAACUUGGCUGCUUUUGUAGAGCAGAAACCAGAGGCGAAAUCCUAUUACACCUUGACUGAUAGCAAUGCGCAAAUGAGAUUCCCACCACCUGGUAUCUUGACGGGUGUGAAAUCAAAUACCAGAGCUGUCGCAAAGGUGACUGGCGUCACCUUUGCCUAUCCAGGUGCUAGCAAACCUUCCUUGAGUGAUGCAUCAUGUGCGCUGUCAUUGAGUUCAAGAGUAGCUGUACUUGGACCUAACGGUGCAGGUAAGUCAACUCUUAUCAAAAUUCUCACGGGGGAACUUGUCCCUCAAGAAGGAAAAGUGGAAAAGCAUCCUAACCUUCGUAUUGGGUACAUCGCGCAGCACGCUCUGCAACACGUUAAUCUGCACAAAGAAAAGACCGCUAAUCAAUACUUACAAUGGCGUUACCAGUUCGGUGAUGACAGAGAAGUGCUGUUGAAGGAAUCGAGAAAGAUCUCGGAACAAGAGAAAGAAAUGAUGUCUCAGCAAAUUGAUAUUAACGACGGCAGAGGUAGCCGUGAAAUUGAAGCUAUUGUGGGACGGUCCAAACUGAGAAAGUCUUUCCAGUAUGAGGUUAAAUGGAAGUUUUGGCUACCAAAGUACAAUUCUUGGGUUCCUAAAGAGGUGCUCCUCGAAAAUGGGUUUGACAAACUAGUGCAAAAAUUCGAUGAUCACGAAGCGUCUAGAGAAGGUCUUGGAUAUCGUGAACUGACCCCAGCUGUGAUCACAAAGCAUUUUGAAGAUGUUGGAUUGGACGCUGAAAUUGCAAACCACACACCAUUGGGCUCUUUGUCCGGUGGUCAACUGGUCAAAGUCGUCAUUGCCGGUGCAAUGUGGAAUAAUCCUCACUUGCUAGUGUUGGAUGAACCCACCAAUUAUUUGGACAGAGACUCGCUAGGUGCCCUGGCUAUGGCCAUUAGAGACUGGUCUGGUGGUGUGGUGAUGAUUUCGCACAACAACGAAUUUGUGGGUGCUCUGUGCCCAGAACAAUGGAUUGUUGAAAACGGUAAGAUGGUCCAGAAGGGUGUUAAUGCAAUCGACCAGAGCAGAUUCGAAGAUGGUGGAAAUGCUAGCGCUGCUGGUGCAAAUGUCAAAGCAUCGCCAUCAGUUGAUGAUGAUGAUUCGCCAGCCAACAUCAAGGUCAAGCAGAGAAAGAAGCGGGGGUUGACCAGGAAUGAGAAGAAACUGCAGGUGGAAAGACGCCGUUUGCGUUAUAUUGAGUGGUUGAACUCACCCAAGGGUACUCCGAAACCUGUCGAUACUGACGACGAGGAGGAGUAA